AUGUCUACUGUCGACGCCGCCGUUCUCGACCCCAUGGUCUUCCCGCUUCUGGAGCUACCGCCAGAGACGAUCCUGGAGAUUGCAAUGUGGGGCCAAGAACUAUGGCUACUUGACUGCGUCUUUGCGUACGGCCCGGGUGGUCCUUUCAAGCGCCUUGUCGUGGAUACGCCGCUAAACCCCGACCGCCAAGAGGAGUGCUGCAGGAAUGUUGAGGAGCGUGUACUCCCGACGUGCAUAAGCGCAGACUCCCUCGUUCCCCAAUCACCGGUGCAUUCUCUGGCUUGCGCCUGUCGGUCCUUGCGCGACUUGCUGCAGUCCUCGCAGGGUGCGUGGAAACAGGACAACCUGUUCUUCAAAUCCGUCGUGGCGAAGGUCACCGUCAGACAGCUUUCUCCAUCACCGACCAACCUUGUCGAACCGUCGAUUGCGUACGGCUCCCGCACUUUGAUAGCGUCGCCGUCCUGCGCCUGUAUCAUUCCCAAUAUGCUGUCUUUCUUCAGGUCCCUUGUUUCCUUGAAGCUCGCCGUGCCCUGGCACCGUCCUUCGUUGCCGCACUCGGACAACGAGCACUUCUUCCUCGCCAACCAUGACGAAGACGCCUGCCUCCUGCAGCGUUUUGACUUGGAGAUCUAUGAAAGCACCCAAGCCCCGAUACAGUCUAUCAUCCAUUGCCUGUACACGGACACUAUGCUGUCAUGCCGCAUUGUGCGCGCGAGUUUCUUCUACACAUCACCGUGCCUCACCUCGUUAUUCAUAUAUAUUCCCAUGAACCGCAUGCCCGCUUUCGAGAACGCAUUCUGGGAUGGCUUGAUGACAUGCUCGUCAAGCCUCGAAUACUUGACGCUCGACGUCGGCGGCGCGAUCUUCAUCGGCGGUGACACUUUCAUCACCCUGCCGAAGCUCCUGUACCUCAAACUUGUCGCAGGAGCGCGCGAAUGCCCUCGCUUUCUACAAGCGUUGAACUUGCCGUCCCUCAUCGAUAUGCAUUUGGAGCCUGUGGUGGAUUGGAGAGCCGGGGCAUGGGCACGCAUACGGCGGCAUAUGUUGGACGAUGAGCCUGUCCCUAUCCACGUUGAUUUCCAGGCGAUAGAGUCGCCUGACUUCGGCGAUCAAGGGCCCAGGCAGGUCUGGCGCUUUUUAUGCGCGCUCGCCGCGCCAGAUCAGACAGAGGGGAUUUUUCACAUUCCUUCGCAUUUCAACUUUCGACAAACCAACUGGCAGACCACCGUCAACGUCGUGGGACUUGAUGUGCGUCUCGACCCGUCUACGCGCGUAACCGAACGAGCUUGCGCACGAUUCCCGGAACUUAUCGCCUUGGAUUUUGGCACGACAGUACGCGACGUGGAGAUGCAAUUUCUCGCCCGUGACCACCCAAAGCCGCCCUACCUGCCUUCGCCGCUGCCGUCUGGUCGACGGACCCUGACUUUCAGGGAUGGGGUUUUAGCCCACGCCACUAGGGAGCACUAUUUCGACGCCCGGCUGGUGACGCCGCUUUACGACACUCUGUCUUACAUCAUGCGCGUCGUUAUGAAGGGUGGAUCUGGCGCUGUCGCAUUCGACGGCCUCCGCCAUGCCCGAACUUUGGUGCUGCACGCGCGUUCGUGGAAACCGGCCUUCUCGAUAGGUUGGGCCAACCUGCUAGAGGGGUGUACGCGAGUGGAGAAUCUCGUUCUGUAUUGCGACCGUAUCCUCUCCGUAGACGAGGUCUUCGACGAGCGCGCGGAAGGGCCUCUCGCGGCAACGCAGCUCGAGUCCCUGGCCAUUUAUCUCAGCAGCACCAGAGUGUCGUCAGCUUACCCGUGCCGCAACCUUCAAUCUGUGCAUAUAAAGGUGGCUGCCGGUCUCGGCGACGGUGCCGCAUCGUUUGCUGCUCAUUGGCAGUCGCGCUUCAAUACUCGCGCCCGCCUGCGAGGGGUAGGUCAACUUAUAUCAUUUCUCGUUACUAGCCCGUCAAUUCCUACCGCGCAGGCUGCGGAUUUUGUGUGA